GUGAUGACCAGGGAGCCCGGAAUGCGGCAGCGCAUUCCAGUGCGAUGUACGUUGUGCACGUCUCUGAGACAGAAGGCUGGAAAAAUCUUUGACAUGGUGACCACCAAGCCUGCGCAAGCAACCUUUUUCCUUCGCCAACAUGCGGAAAGCCAGUUGCACAUGCGACUCAUUGCUGAGAGGCAGGCUGCCACAGUCAAAGCAAAUCUUCCGGCUGGAUUGGAGAAAGCGUGCCAAGGCAUGGCUCUGCAUGAUGAGACCAUUGGCCCCAUGCACCACUAUGGCCACCACAUGCGUUUGUGGUUGGCAUGGAGAAGCGUGUGUCCUGAGAUCCAAAAACACACAUACACAUAUGUGGAACGGGCAGAUGGGUAUGAACUGAGGCAUUCUGACUGCCUACAGGUGUGUUCACCCAUCGUGGGCAGACGAGAUAUGUGCCAGAAGUGUGCUUCGUUAGACUUGCGGAGGGCCGUGGUCAAAUGCGUCUUGAAGAAAUUUGCAGCGCAGGUCUUGUUUGCAAAACUCUUCGAGACGAACGCGCAGCUUCAGUCCAUCAUUGUGAACAUGAAGGAUGACAUUGUUUACCAAAGACAUGGUCGCCAAGUUGACAAACUGCUGGGGCUCCAGGUGCAUGAACUCCAACAAUGGGUCCGCUCCAGUUUCUUGUCCAUCCGCAGUGACAAGAGAAACACGGUUUUGCAAGCCUUCAUGAGUUCUGUCAUCGAACCAUGUUUGCAAACCAAUGUCACGGCCGCUCUCGACCACAAACCACAGCUAUUGCAAGUGCAAAGCCACUUCGAGCGUUUCCUGACCAAUCCGGAUGCGGAGGAGAUGGAUCGUGUGAAUGUGGCUGUGGCGCAAGCUAGUCUGACAGGACGCCUGCAAAACCAUCCGCUGAUUCAAGGUCUCAUUCUGACGUGCUUGCGGGUGAUAGAGCGUCAGGAAUCUGGAGUUUCUGGCACCAAGGGUCGCAUCGCUAGCAACUCAGCAAUGAGCACAGAAACGGCAAGGUCAUUGGCGCAGAAUGCAGGUCAGAUGCUAGCCAUUGCAGGCGGCAACAGCCGUAUGCUAGCUUUGUUCGGAGCAGGUGUCCGACCUUGGCGAAACACGAACUACAGUGCAGAGCUUGAGAAGAGUUCAUUGCCUGUUCCGCUCGUGGCAGGCUUCGACUGUACAUAUUUGUGUCAGGCUACGCAGCAACAUGUCGACAUCAAUGGCCAGGUGACACUGGUGGGCGGCGCGUGGACACCUGGAAGUUCCCCUGCAGAGCAAGCCUUGAGACGCAUAUGCUACGGCAAUUUGACGGAGCAAGACAAACAGUUGCUUCAGGAUCCCGCUUUGCGCUUUUUUUCGCGCCUGGCGCACACGCCUCUACCAGAGCAUGACCUGCCAAGACUGCCCAUCCGAGUGACAUCCCCAUGUCGGACCGUUCACAUGGGAAGAUACUGGGUGGACAUGAGUGGAGCUCUACUACUCGGGCUCCCCGGCACAGCAUACACCCGGAAAGACCCGCAAUCAGACGCGCUACAUGCUCUUCUUUGCUCGCCGUGGUUCUACACGGCAACUCCAGAUGCAGAGUUGCCUUUGAUGCGAGUUUGCUGGUCAACCAGAGGGGCUCUCCUCUGGAGCCUUUGCUCUGCCAUGUGCUUUUCACCAACGAUGCACAAAUCAAUGACGUUGGUUGAAAGAUUGGAAAGCUGCGUCUCCGGCUUUGUUGCCUGGGACUUGUUCCAGCUGGUCUCGGCCAAGAUGGAAUCAGACCGUGGCGCUCGUGUGGGGUCAAUGGGCAUGGCCCCAGUGACUCUGUUCAACCUGCAGAAUGUCAGCUUGUCCACCAUUGUCAUGCUGGUCCAUCGAGAGGACAAGCGCCAUGCAAAUGUUGAAAGGUUCGGGCAGGCCUGUGCUCGAGCAUACCAGUCUGCUAUUGACCUUGUUUUGUGGGCCAGUGGCUAUGAUUCCAAAAGCCUAAAGGCAUACUACGAGCAGAGCUGCGACGUGGCAUGGUUUGAGACGACCUUGCAGGCAGCCCCAGAAUUUGAUGACGACGAUGAGGAGGACGAUGAUCAAGCGAACAUAGCGCAGCCAUCACAGAGCCCUGAAAAUAUUGAGAUACUUUUGAAGGCUGUGGUGGACGUGGAGUCCAAUGAGCACAAGAUCGAUUUGGCCCGCCUUGAUCAUAGCGAGCAAUCCGAGGUGCUUGAGGCGAUGGGCAAGCCAGCAGAUGACGCGCGGGAAGGCGUUCCCAAAGGCAUACCCAAAGGCUGUCCGCGAACGUUGGCAGAAGCUAUGUGA